AUGGCGGCCAUUUGUUUUCAAUCUCCUUCCAAACCCAUUUACAAUUUCCACUCAAAGUCAAAACCUUCAUCGCCGAUAAUCGCUAAAGUCUCCGUCUUUAGAUGCAGAGCUUCCGUACAGUCACAAAGCCUUGUCGUCGCCGAGCCAGAGCCAGUUUUCACCUCCGUCAAGACUUUCGCUCCGGCGACUGUUGCGAAUCUCGGUCCGGGAUUCGAUUUCUUGGGAUGCGCCGUCGACGGUAUCGGAGACCACGUCACUCUCCGUGUGGAUCCCGCCGUUCGUAACGGAGAGAUUUUAAUCUCCGAGAUCACAGGAACCACGACUAAACUCAGCACCGAUCCACACCGUAACUGCGCUGGAAUUGCAGCCAUGGCGACGAUGAAGAUGCUCGGGAUACGAUCGGUUGGUUUAUCGUUAGCUUUGCACAAAGGACUUCCUUUGGGUAGUGGUUUAGGUUCCAGCGCGGCCAGCGCCGCCGCAGCAGCUGUUGCUGUUAAUGAAUUAUUUGGCCGGAGAUUAGGAAACGACGAGCUGGUUCUCGCCGGAUUGGAGUCGGAAGCGAAAGUCUCCGGUUAUCACGCAGAUAACAUCGCGCCGGCGAUUAUGGGCGGAUUCGUUCUGAUCAGAAGCUACGAGGCGCUUGACUUAAAACCCUUGAGAUUCCCACCAGAGAAAGAUCUCUUCUUCGUUCUCGUCAGCCCCGAUUUCGAAGCUCCCACGAAGAAGAUGAGAGCCGCAUUAGCCGCAGAGAUUCCGAUGGUUCACCACGUCUGGAACAGCAGCCAAGCGGCGGCGUUAGUGGCUGCGGUUUUGGAAGGUGACGUGGCGAAUCUCGGGAAGGCUCUCUCGUCGGAUAAAGUAGUUGAGCCGAAGAGAGCACCGUUGAUUCCGGGAAUGGAAGCUGUGAAGAAGGCGGCUUUAGAAGCUGGAGCAUUCGGCUGCACCAUAAGCGGAGCUGGUCCAACGGCUGUUGCGGUUAUCGACACGGCGGAGAAAGGUGAAGAGAUCGGAGAGAAAAUGGUCGAAGCGUUCUUGAAAGCCGGAAACUUGAAAUCUAUUGCUUCCGUGAAGAAACUUGACAAAAUCGGUGCUAGACUUAUCAAAAGCAUGUAA